CUAACAAACUCAGAAAGCGUGAUCUUACAUCAUGUCUUGUUGAUGUACAAGGCAAAAAAGUAUAUCCAAGUGAUCCAGAGUAUAAUAGCGACAUAAUAGAUGAAAAUUCUCGUAUAAUGUUUAGCCCAUCU